CAUACUUUCUCCCUCCUUGAGCGCAUCAGCCAGCUCUGAUCCAUAGGUGGAAAGCGGAGAGAUCUACACAGACAAGAUCAGAGAAAUGUAACAAUUACGAGUGGAGAGGAGAGCGGAAAAACGGAGGGCGUUUAAGCAAACCGACGGCAUCAAAGUCUACAUUAUUAAGGAGGAUUUGAGGAAACCGCGCGUAUAAUCCGACAUCAGAGGCGGAAUGUGGAUCCAAAUAACUUAUGUUAAUUAGAGAUUUUAACGAAUGUGAUGCGAUUUGAGCGACUCUGAAGCACCGGGAGACAAUUUGGAGAUUGGCCACUUGCAUGUGGUUCUUGGAGACAGUCUGUGCUCACCGCAACUGAUUUUCAGCCUCCACGGUCGUUCGCGUUUAGAGGAGUUGGCUAUCAGCGGUUGUAUCGGACUAGUGUGUGCUCAUCACGCGCACUGCAGUCAUCAUGAUUUUGGACAGAGCGGACGAUGCCAGUGCGUCCGGUUUGUAACGGCUGCCGCCUCGUUUCCAGGUUCCACUGAGGUUCGCCAGACUUUUCGGAGAAGGAGAUUAUUAUUAUUUGUUGUCGUCGUCCAUCGGAGCCCGCAGAGCGACUCAACACGCUGGAUUGGAGGACAGUUCCGAGGAGCGACAGCCGGCGUUAACCACGACGAGACGCGAGAGCAACUUUAAAACUGUAGCGCACAAGUUAAGUGUGGAAUAUAAGAAUAGAUGAUUCUCACAGGGCAGAAGACGAAACCCACCUAGGCCUGCAAGAUGUUCAAAAGGGGCUGUGGGCUGGAGUUCCUGCUGGUGCUCUGCGGGCUCGAGUUCUCCUGGUCCUGCCCUCGUCACUGUAUCUGCUACACGGCUCCCAGCACCGUCACCUGCCAGGCGCACAACUUCAUGUCGGUGCCGGAGGGGAUCCCCCCCGACAGCGAGCGCAUCUUCCUGCAGAACAACAAGAUCCACCGCCUACUCCGGGGCCACUUCAGCGCCAACACGGUGACCCUGUGGAUCUACUCCAACAACAUCACGUACAUCGAGCCCUCCACCUUCCACGGCUUCGCUCUGCUGGAGGAGCUGGAUCUGGGGGACAACCGCCACCUGCGCUCCUUGGCCGAAGACACCUUUCACGGACUGACGCGACUCAACGCGUUACACUUAUACCGCUGUGGACUCAGUUCCCUUCCUAAUAACAUCUUCCAAGGCCUCAGAAACCUACAGUAUCUCUACUUGCAGGACAAUCAUCUGAAGUUCUUGCAGGAUGACACGUUUAUGGACCUCCACAACCUGAGCCACCUGUUCCUGCACGGGAACCGCCUGUGGAGUCUAAACCAAAACACCUUCAGAGGCCUAAGAGCCUUGGAUCGACUGCUGUUGCACCAGAACCAAAUCGAGUGGGUCGACCCCCUGGCCUUCCACGACCUGAAACGCCUCACCACCCUCUACUUGUUCAACAACACACUGGUCCAGCUGUCCGGACAGUGCCUGGACAUGCUGCCCGCCCUGGAAUACCUGCGUCUCAACGACAACCCGUGGUCCUGUGACUGCAAGGCCCUGUCGCUAUGGGAAUGGUUGAAACGCUUCCGAGGGUCCACGUCCGCCGUGCUUUGCGUGACGCCAGCCGACGUGAUUGGGAAAGAAAUGAAGGACCUGCGCAAGAAGGACUUCCCCAACUGUUCGCCAACGGCUCCGAGUUCCGAGUCCAGAGCUCAGACUAACAAUUUGUCUGGCACGGUGAAUCCGUCCAUGAACCGCGGUGUGGCGGUGGGCUCUGGAGGGCAGAACCACGUGGUGCACACGUCGAGGCCGGGCCGCCCUCGAAACUGCACGAAGCCCCGCGAUAGGGCGAGCAAGGGGAAGGGUGACAAUGAGGCGUACCACUCCAAGGAGGUCAUGGCAGACAAGGAGGACUCCUCCCCGGAUUUCACAGACGGGGGGAAACAUGACCACACAUCCCCAGAUGGCACCGUCACGCGGAGGAAGCACAAGUGCACUCCCCGGACCACUGUUCGCCCCCCUAGCGGGGUCCAGCAAGCCAACAACAGGGCGACCUUAUCCCAGCCCUUACUACACGUCUACGCCAUCUUUGUGGCCUUGAUAACAACCGAUAUUGACUACAUCCUUCGUUGACCCUCGGAGGGUUCGGCAAACGCUAAUCACACACAAACACAGCCCUCGGACCCUCUUUUGCUCCUGCACUACAAGGCCUGUGUGUCUUUUAUGUAUGUGUGUGAGCGUGUGUGUGUGAGUGGGUUUGAUUAUAUGUGUAAACGUUGUGUACGGAGCUUUACUGUUCAGACUUUUACUGUUCAACAGGCAUCAAAAGCAUCAAACAUCUACGGCAACAAACGACUAGCAGUACAAACUUCGGAGGGACUGGGAAUGAUGAUUGGAGGAUUGAGACCUAGCUUGCACUGCCACUUAAGCCAGUACGGCUUCAUCUUUAUGUAACUUGGUAUAUUUUCGAUCUAUAUUUUUUUAACUACUGUUUCCACACAACUGGAGCACAGGCAAGCACAUUUUGGUAAGACUAAGAAAUGAGGGUGAAAUCCGUGAGCUAGUGAACUCAGACAGACAGACAGACAGGCGUCCAAGUGCUCCGUUCAGCUUCUUUUAAAUUAAUUUAAUGAAUUUAUUUAAAUUUCUAUUUCAUUUCAAGAAGGUAGCGCGGUGUUUUGCUCUCAUGUUUUCGGACAGAUCUGCUCUUCAUGUUGCUUUGCUAAAGAAGCCAGGUUCUAACAACUGCGUGUACAGUCUGUGUUUCUUUUAGGAUUUGAACGCGGCCUAAUAAGCUUGUAUCCCACAACGUGCUGUUCUUACCACAGGAUGGAACUUUAUAGCCACACGUUUUAAGGCCAUAAACACAGCAACCAGUCGGCCCAUACGUCGCGUGAAGCCGUAACCAAUUGUAACAGCAGCCUCCUUCACAAUGCUGGCUUUCUUCAGGUAUUGCACCAAACCCUCGGCCUGUUUCAUUCCAUUCCAUGUUGGUAUUACAUCAAAGUACACAAUCUGCUUCAUUUACGCCCCCCCCCCUCUCCUUCUGUGCAACGAAAUAUUAAGCUGCUAAUUGUUUUGGGAUAACAAGGACUGCCAUGCGCUUCAUUGAUUUGCUUAGGAACCAGUGUGUGUCUCUGGGAGAUCAAGCUGUGAAUAUUGAAGUGUUUGUCUAUAUCUUGUGUCAGAUGUUGUUCUUUUUUCUUUCCCGUUUCUAUUUUUUUUUUCCAAGACACAAAACGGACCUACAGACAGAGCCCCUGCAGGGGCCGCGGGAGCCUUAGAGGUCAAGGGUCAAAUGGGGCUUUCUCAGAUUCUCGAUGAGGUCGCGCCGAACGCACCCCUCGGCGGUGAAGGUGUACCUCUCUCAUGGAGAACAUGAGGAACGCCUUUCCUGUUUGUUUUUUUUUGAUAACGACUUCAAAAUCAAACGAGUACAAGACUCGAGAGAAAAAAAAACAGUGUGUGUACCUAAAGUGACUUGUGAUGAUUAAAAAGAUUUCACAAAACAUGGAAGAGCAACAACAGGGAUCACACAGAGAGAAAAAUGCCUCUUAAUUAACUGACGUGAUUGUCAAGGAAUGUGGGAAUCUCAGACUGAGACAACAGCUUCUGAAGUAUCAUGGGGGGGAGAUGCCGCACAACGUGGACAAUUACUGGACAUCUCGCUGUGCUUCUGGAGCUUUUGUGCCUCCUUUAAAUCUACUGAUAAGAUGGUGUUGUAUCAAUGAUGUGACAUGUACCAGUGACAAUGGCGACAAGAGGACGUCCUGCAGUGCUCAUAUUAAUCAUUUACUGUAUUACUAUGAGAAAAACAGUAUCAGUAACAUUGAUGAUGAUAACAGGGUUUCGCACUCCUCCUGUCCAGGGGGAGUCUUUCAAGUUUUGAUUUUCUGGUGGUUUUGUUUAUUUACAUAUUUUUCACGUUAUAUUUUUAGAACCUCUUAUUUGCUGCAUCCUUCCUCCAACCCCCCCCCCCCCCCCCCCCCCCCCCCAACCCUCCUUCUUCUCUCGUUCUACCUGUACUUUUCUUCAUCUUUUUGUUAUUCUGCAGUUGUUCAGUAAGUUAUCAUCAGAGAACAACCGUAUAAAAAUGUUUAUAAAGAUAUUAAAAUCUAUAUCUUCUUAUGUCUAC